AUGGGGCGAUCUCUGGCAGAGAGCACGCGCGACUGGGCGGGGGAACGCGCCGAGGUCGCCGUCGCGUCGGAAGACACCCCACUGCUGUCGGGAAGGGGGUCGAGAUCGCGGCCGCACAUUUCCCCCAAAAGAUCGCCCCACCGCGGCCGCACCGCCUUCUCCCUCGCCGUCGUCACCCUCACUUCGUGUCUCGUAUUGACCGUGUCCUCCCAGAACCUUGGGAGGUUCUUCGCGUCGUCGCUGCUCGGGAAUAAAGACGCGGGCCCGGAAGUGGUCGAGACCGCGCACGAGAGCGUGCGUCGGAUGGAGAACUGCGGCGAUCACAACUCGUCGUGCUACGUCGGCGCCAACGCGCACGCCGUCUCCAAGGAGGAUGCGAAAGCAGAGAUGAAGUACGGCCAGCCCAAGGGGGGGUACAAACCCACGCCCGUGCGCGGGCAGACGCGGCUGGACGCGCUCGAGCCGCUGGACGUGAUCCGCCCGUACCCCGGGGGACCGCCCCUGAACGCGAAGCAGAUGCUCGGCUUCUUCAGGAACACGCGGCGGAGAGGGAAGGCGUACUCGCUGAAGUUUUACGAAAAAGACGGCGUCGUGCACUUCAUCUACUCCAACGUCUGCGCCGACGAAAAACGAUAUCAACGGCGCGGGGCGCAGCGCAAUCAACCGUGGCCGUCGUGGUGCAACCAUGACUACGUCGGCACGUACUUCGCGCGGACCACCGACGCGGGUGACGAGGAAUGGGUGCGCUGCACGAACAAAGUUCCCAUGAACCUCAACCCUACACGGCAUUGGGGUGUCGUUUAUCCUUACACGAUCGAUAUGUCGGAGGCAUCGCUACGCGCAGGGUGGAUCAGUUGCCCGGACAUUUUGAAGGACCCGUACCGCGCGAAGGAGACGCUCCCAGAGGGCGCGGCAUAUCGGCGCGAAGAUGGCUCCUGGGGCGUCGUCGGCGCGGACGCCGAGGAUGACACCGUGCGCUCCCCCGCGGAGGUAAAUCACGAGUAUAAGUACAAUAUCCUCGGGCUGCCCGUGCGCGUUGGGGGAGGCCGGUGCUGGACGAAAAUGCCGAUCGCGGUAGGCGGCGCGAAGCUCGCGUGCGGCGACCAAGGGUACGACUACACCGACGCGGGCGGCAACCUUAGACGCUACGUGACCCCGACUUGGGAGAACGGCAUGGAGUGGCGCCUGCUCACGCGCUCGCUCGAGGGCGAGAGCAACGCGUUUGAAAAGAACGCGGUUGAAUUCCUGGAUUUUGACGUUUCCCCGGCGUACCCUGGGGCGCUGUUUGUGGGCGGAUUGGACGCGUUGUACGCCAGUUACGAGCAGAGCACGGACAUUGAGGCGAAACCGCUGAUAAACUCGGACAAACGCUACGAUAAGGUUCGUCAACAUUCCUACGUGCUCGGCGGCGUCAGCUACGUCAUCAUGUGGGAGCCCGGAUGGGUCAAUCCAUAUGAGCGCGGCUCAGCGAACGUCACGGCGCCGCCCCUCCCCGGGGUUUCGUCCAAGCGUCUCAUCCUCGGGCGAUGGCGCGAGCCGCAGCUGCCGUGGUCUACUCCGAGAAACUUUGCACCCGCGGCGUAUAUCAAGAAGAAGCUGUCAGGGUACGAAUGGGACGCGCCGAGCCUUCCGCGCCCGAACACGACGGCCGACAUCGGUGACGGCUUCACGGUCGCCGCGUACGUGCGGAUGCGCCACUUUCGGCCGGUAUUUCAGAACUCGUCGUCGCCGCCAUCUACGAACGUGCUUGCCGCGGAAGAGGCGCAGUACGGACAUGACACGAACGGCUUAAAGUACGCCAGUCCCGUGUACAACGGGACGACUACGAUCGACUGGGAGAACUAUCACGUCGAGGUGAAGGGAGCGACCGUCGGUAACAUCCUGCACGUGGGCGUCGAGUUCGACCCGGCAAAGGAGCCGCUGCCCUCCGCGAUUGACCAUCUGCCGCCCGGUGCCAUUCCGGUCAAGGGCUUCUCGCUCUACGCGCACAGGGACGGCACACUCGUCCUCGCCGCGACGGACAAAGGGACGGGUAAAAUGAUUCCUACGCGGCCGUCGACGUCAGCAGCACCCGUAUCAGCGGGCAUGACGAUUGCGAGCGCGUUUGCGGACAACGAACCGACUGCUCUGACAAUCGCCGCGCCCGCGCGGGUUGCGAAAAUCUACACGCGCACGUUCUCCGACAGGACUUCGCUAAAAAUUGCGGUCAAAGAGUGUGGCAACAAGGGCUGCGAAGAUAUGAACUCAUGGGACGUGAGCAAGGUCACGGACAUGUCCUAUUUGUUUCAUCGCAUCUAUCCUAAGGUCGACAUCUCUGAGUGGGAUGUGAGCAGUGUCACCAACAUGGGGUACAUGUUCUCCUCCGCUUCUUUCAACGGCGACAUCUCCAAGUGGGACGUGAGCAAGGUCACGAACAUGGGGGGCAUGUUCUCCUCCGCUUCCUCUUUCAACGGCGACAUCUCCAAGUGGGACACGAGCAAGGUCACGAACAUGCAGAGCAUGUUCUUCAACGCCAAGGCUUUCAACGGCGACAUCUCCAAGUGGGACACGAGCAAGGUCACGAACAUGCAGAGCAUGUUCUUCAACGCCAAGGCUUUCAACGGCGACAUCUCCAAGUGGGACACGAGCAAGGUCACGAACAUGCAGAGCAUGUUCUCCUCCGCUUCCUCUUUCAACGGCGACAUCUCCAAUUGGGACGUGAGCAAGGUCACCAAGAUGGGGAGCAUGUUCUCCUCCGCUUCCGCUUUCAACGGCGACAUCUCCAAUUGGGACGUGAGCAAGGUCACCAACAUGGGGACAAUGUUCAAAGGCGCCAAGGCUUUCAACGGCGACAUCUCUGGAUGGGACGUGAGCAGUGUCACUAUAAUGACAUAUUUAUUCAGCUACGGAAGCUACGGCUACGGAAGCUCGAAUUUCGACCAAGACUUAUCGAAUUGGAAUCUUUGCAAGCUGACGAAAAAAUCCAUGCGUUCUUAUCAACUCUCGCAAUUUAAAGCGGGCAUAUCAAAUUUGAAGGAGGAGCACAAGCCCCGUCUCGGUCAUUGCGUUAUGUCAACAUUUUCCAACGGUGAUAUGCUCCGUCUCGCCGUUAAAUCGUGUCUCGCCAAAGACUCGGUGAAGGGCUGCGAGAAUAUGAACUCCUGGGAUGUGAGCAAGGUCACCGACAUGUAUCAAAUGUUCUAUGGUGCCUCUGCUUUCAAUGGCGACAUCUCCAAUUGGGACGUGAGCAGCGUCACGAACAUGAGAAACAUGUUCCAAUUCGCUUUCGCUUUCAACGGUGACAUCUCCAAGUGGGACACGAGCAAGGUCAUCCAAAUGGGGGGCAUGUUCUACUACGCCAAGGCUUUCAAGGGCGACAUCUCCAAGUGGGGCGUGAGCAAGGUCACCACCAUGAGGGUCAUGUUCCAAGGCGCCUCCGCUUUCAACGGCGACAUCUCCGAGUGGGACACGAGCAAGGUCACCACCAUGAGGAGCAUGUUCAUGAACGCCAAGGCUUUCAACGGCGACAUCUCCAAGUGGGACGUGAGCAAGGUCACCAACAUGGGGGACAUGUUCAACGGCGCCACGAAAUUCAAGCAAGACCUCUCCGAUUGGGUCAUGUGCAACGACGACGGCACGCUCACGCUCACGCUAAGGAACCGUAUGUUUGCCAAUGGCGUCAUGCCGGAGUCGUACAAACCGCGUCCGCUCGUGAGCUCGUGCGUGAAAUCGGACGCUUCUGUGGGCUUGUGCAAGACAAAACAAUCGAUCGACUCGGAGACCUGGCACUCCCUCGUCGUCGCGGUCUCGGCCACCUCGGUGGACUUGUACGUCGGCGGCGAAAAGAUGUGCACGGUGGAGACGCCGAACGGGUCUUACUUUGACGGGACCGAAGACAUACCCGUGUAUACGCAGUGCCGCGGGAACGAGUGCCGUGGGGGCGGCGACAAAUCACGGAGCCUCGCCGCCCCGCACUUGCCCGCCGCGGCGGUCACCGACGUGUACGACAUGCGCGUUCAGUUUGGAGCUGCGUCGAUCGAUCCCGCCGAUCUCGUGGCGGCUAUCGCCGCGCGAGCCGCGUUCGAGCCGCCCAACCCGGACGCGUGGAAGGCUCGUUGUCUGCCGGACGGGUGCGAAGAGCCGAACAUGUUCGUGAACCACGUCCCGAUUCCCCAGGGCAGAUGGACUCGCAUACCGGAUCCUCGCUCGUUGAAGCUCUACGGAUGCAAAGACGGCUCUUGCGCAGACCCUCACUGGUGUUGCGAGGGAAAGCACCUCGGUUGGAGAGGCGGACGGGAUAAAUUCGGGUAUCCCAAUUGCGCUAAACGCAAAUCCAUCAACCCUAUCACGAAGAAGUACGACAUCUGCUGCGACGGCCUCGAGCGCGAGUAUGAUCCCAAGAGGUACACCUCGAAGAGCGAGUUCGACGACAUCAAAGCGAAACGAGCUCAUAUGGUCGCGAGCGGCGAUUGCGCGGUGGACGCACCGGCUGGGUGCUUAUCCCAAAUACAUGAAGGGUUCGCCGGCGCGUGUCCUUUGCAAGACACAAAGGCUCUGAGGUGGGGAAACAAACAUACGAAGGGCGGGCAGUCCGGGUGGGGAGGCGGCUCGGAGUGGUCGACCUCAGGGGAAGACAUAACCGCGUCGUCGUACACCGAUUUCAAAGUCACCGCGGACGGAAACAUCCACUUCGCCUCUGGGGACGACGAUAAGCACCAUAUUCCGUGGGAUUACGACGGGAUGUUCGCUAUCCUCAGAGGCAAAACCGCAACGUGCGAGCUGACCGGGUUGUGCGGCGAGGAUUUCGAUAAGCGAUCCUACGCCGGCCGCUUCGAACUCGACGACGCCGGGUCGAUACCGAAGUGGCGGUCGCGAGACGUCAUACACGGCGCCAGAAUCUACAAGACAGGCGACCACGAGGACAUCGUCAUCCUUCACCCGAACAAGGUUUGGUUAACAGACCGAAAUGGAUGGGCGUUUGAUCGAGAGACGGACAGGGGCAAACUGUAUUCGUUCCGAAGCUGGCGCAAGGAAACCAAACACAAACCGGGCGCGUGGGUGGGAAGGGACGGCGUCGACGACGCCGAGAACCCCAUCGGACAGUAUGCCAUGCUCAGUGGAAGGAGCGUCACGCAUUACGGCGUCGCCGCCAAGGGGUGGGGGUUCGCGCAUCGGCGGUUCAUCGACGGUUCCAACACGUUGCAAAGCCCGUACAUGGACCUAGCGACGUCCCAGGCGAAGUCCCCGUGGUUGUGCUCGGACAUCCUUGGAGACAUGUUCUCGCCUGACGGCGGGUACACGUAUUACGCGGUGAUGCAGAUCGGGUACAACCCAGCGACGGAACCGGCGUGGCGGUGCCUAGACGAGGCUGGGGAGGGGGCGGACACCACGCACACGUACGAGAUCUUCGGUAUCCGCCGGCUCGUCACGGACGAGUGCAAGCCGCUCACGUCGCCAGCGACGCACUACGGGUUCGCCUCGUAUCUUGGCAACAUGUACGGGGUGGACACCAAAGUGACGAGCGCGGUGUCUCGGCGCGACGGCGAUUUCCUCCUCGGCGGGCAAAUGGGCGCCCUAAACGCGCUCGGGUCGAACACGUCUUUGGCUCACACGGAUUUGACCGAGGAGGCGUCUGGGUGCGCGGACACGAAGAAUCCCAUGCCUGGAAUUUUCAACGAAUCGACUGGGCAUCAGUGCAUGGCGCAAAUCUUAACACUCGAGGGCGCUGGGUGUGGAUACGACGGCGCCCCCGAGCUCUCGUGCGGCUCGCCCAAGUCCGUGUCCUACGUCGGAAGCAACGCCACGGAGCACAUGCGCAUAUCGAACGAAACCGGGACGCUGAUCAUCGCCGGCCCAGACGGUGUCCUCGGUUUGAACCACGAAGCGAACGCCGUGCUGUGGAACGCGUGCGCAAAGUGCGACGGUGGCGUUUCGAACCCCAAAUGCGCGCCUUUAUGCGGUUUACAUCCGGGUAAGAUCCGCGUGGCCAUCGGACCGAGAGGCCGAGUCGCGGCCGUGCUCGCGUUCGGAAGCGAACCUUGCCUCGUCAACAAUGGUUACAUAGUGUGCCCCGCCCGGACAUCUCCUACGCUCGUCGUCGUCUUGGACGUGAUCGGUGGUGGGAACGAAAUGGCUCGCCUCGAGGUGGAUCAUUUCAAGCAGGAAGGGAAGGUAGGGGAUGAUUUCCCGCUCGAUGUCGCCGUCUCCGACGUCGACGGAUUGAAUUCGGGGGUGUACGUCGGUGGAUUCAAACAAGCGAUGGUGCAUCACACGCCACCAGCGCCGGAAGCGCCGUACGAUCGGCUCACGCGAAUCGCGUUCUUGCGCAAGUUCGACGCAAACGUUCGCGCGGGCGAACGCGCGGAGUAUGCUUUGAGAUGGAGCACGUGGGACUACGCGGGGUCGGACCUGGACGAGCGCGACGGCUCGGACACGCAAAUCACGCAGAUGGUAUUGGAUCGCUCCGGCCGCCUCGUCGUCGGCGGCGAGACGAACGGCUUCGAGAAAGAAUCCCUCCACUUAUGCCUUCCUGGUUCACAUGCUCAGAUCAUCACCGCACACACCGUGUUUAUUCACGACGGCUCUAAACAGCUCGGCUCUCACGUCGUCGCUAACCGAAUCUCGAAGCGGCCGAAAGAAACAUUCAGGGGCACAAACCCUAACUCUGACCUCGGCGGGCUCGUCGACCAGCUCCACGCCAAGGUGGCGUACGUCGCGAUCGUGGACCCCGUCCUCGGCGUCGUCCUCAAAGGGCAGUUUCUCAUGUCGUCGCCGAUUGGAGGCAUGCUGGCUUGUCCGGACUACUCAAAGACCGCAGCCCCAUAUUACGCGGUUUACGGCGUCACGCUCAAGGCGCUCGACGUCGAUGGCAAGGGGAACAUCGUUUUCGGUGGCGAGAUGCCCGCCGGCGCGAUAAAAGACUUAGCUGUUCUAAAAACGAACAACCGCUUGAACAACAGAGAUUUUGAAGGCUCCGAUAAGAUGGCGUCGAAACCGUACAUUGCUAUCAUGGAUCCUAAUUUGAUCACCCGCCCGAAGUGGACGUACGUCCCCGGGAAGGCGUCAGGCAAGGUGACUGGCAUCGCCGGCGGCGUGUACUGCCCCGAUGACGUCUACCACUUUGGCGCGUGCACGUCCGCGUUGCUCGUGGAACAGCCUCCGUCGGAGAUCGAUUUUGGGAAAUCUGGCGCAUUUUAUACCACCGCGAACGCGCUGCAGGUGCGUUCUAUACACUGGUCCCCAUACGACCGCGUUGGCGUGGUGAACGCCGUUCCUUAA